AUGCGGCCCUCAAACUACGUUGCAGGGCCGGCGGCCCUCCUGUGGACGACGCUCGGCUCCUUGGCCGCCUUUGCCGUUCCCGUCAUGGCCGCCGAUUCGGAUUCCGCCGACGGCGAUGCCGCCAAUUCAUCGCCGGCCCCCAAGGCAGCGAAUGCCAAGUCGUCGUCGUCGUCCAAGCCGGCCGCUGCGGCCACGACGGACGAGGCUGCUCCCACGACGACGACAAAGUCCUCCAAGACGUCCAAGGUCAGCAUCACCAACACGGGCCCGCUGGCGACCAAGACGCCCGUCGCCGUCCCUACAAUCACCGGCGGCGGCGCCAAGGAUUCCAACGCCGGGCCCAUCGCCUUCCCGACCUUGACCAGAAAUGUCAUCCCGACCUAUCCCGCGCCUACCGUUCCGCCGACCAAGAACGCGCCCUUUAUGCAGCAAUCCACCUUGCCCGACGGGACCGUCUUCAUCUGCGUCGGCGCCGUGCUCGGCGUCUUGGGCCUCGCCAUCCUCCUCUGGCGCGCCAUCAUCAGCCUUCUCCUUCACCGCUCCGUCAAGCGCGCCGCCAUGGACCAGCACAUCGCCGGCGGCAAGACCGGAUUCCCCGCGCCCCCUGCGCCCUUUUACAAGUACACCGAUCAGUCUUCGACGCCGUCUUUCGCCGCCGGCGUCGGCGCCGUGCCCGCCGGUCGCGGCGUCCGACGCACCACUCGCGUCCCCGUCCCCUCGGCCACGCCGAGCCAGUCGAACCUCUUCUUUUCUCCCACGGCGGCGACGAGCAAUGCGGCCGGCGUUCGGGCUUCCUCGUAUCUGCCCUCGGGCUUCUACGCCUCUGGAUCCGGGAAUUCGAACCACACCAACUCCAUCAGCCUCAGCAAUCUUCGUCCCGAUUCGCGGGGACCGCAUCUCGCUCCUGCGCGGAACACCCUGAGCCAAUCACCCCCCGACUCGCCUCAGUACCCGGCUAGGAGAGACACGAGCCUCAUGAGCCCCAGCUCCCUCAACCUCACCGCCCUCUCCCCGGGACAGCGGGCGCCGAGCGCCUACCUCGAGGACCUCCUUGCCGACGACCCGAACGCGCUCCCUCCGCCCCAGAUGCCCCACACCCACGGUGGGCGAAGCUCGAGUGGCAGAACGGACAGCCUACCGAAUCGCAUCGAGUAG